ACGUCACCCACUACGGUGUAUCACACCAUUCUCAACACAAAGUGGCUUCCUCUUACCAGCACAUUCAUACUGCAAUACAGCAACAGUGUUUUUUCUGGCAGGAUGUGGCGAAGGACCCUAACUUAACUAGGACAACAACUCGUCUUGGAUUAAAGAGAACUGUACACAUAUUUUUUUAUUAUAUUGUCUUUAUUUGAGAACUUCUCAGCUUUGAGACCAGUGAUUAUAGUUAGGAGAUAAUAGAACGUGUUAGUGUUUUUUGUUUUUUUUGUUCUAAGAAAAGAACAUGCCUACUGUCAGUAGGUAUAUGAGUUUUCGUUCAUCAAAGCGAUUUAAAGUUACCAGCAGCUACCCAGUGGAGAGCAGUGGUGGCGGGCUGCCAGCCAAAGUGAAGAAAAGCAGGAGCAGUUUAAGCAAUGGCAGCAUCAAAAAGGUGGAAGCCAGGAAAGCCUUGAGCUUGGAGGCGGCCCAGCUCGAGAUCCAGCAGCAGCACAAAACCAUCACCAGACAAGUAGCCAUCAGCAGAUCACAGACGUUUGAAGUAGAAGACAGAGGCUUCGAGAGAACCGAGGGCACCGGCACACAAAGUAGUUUCAUAAAGCACAACAAGACAUUCCACAAGUUGUUUCCAGACAUUCCCCAGAACGAAGACUUGAUACAUGCAUACCUCUGUGCCCUGCAGAAGGAAGUGCCCUACCAUGGUCGACUGUACAUCACUGACACCCACGCCUGUUUCUACUCCUCAGUUCUGCUCAAGGACACUAAGCUAAUUAUUCCAGUUUCCUACAUCCACAUAGUGAAGAAGCAGAACACAGCUUUACUGGUACCCAACGCCUUGUCCAUUCGCACCACGGAAGGAGAAAAGUACCUGUUUGUGUCGCUGCGGAACAGAGAAUCCUGUUUUCAGCUGCUACGAUCAUUAUCUCCUCAGCUAGAGGAUGGCAGCACAACUAGUAGCCCUGUCUUCUCUUCUGCUGAGAACAGCUUUGAUAAGAGCAAACUUGUGAACUCCAGCCAGUCCAGUCUGGAUGACAGCUUUGAUCAAUUUGAUGGCUCCGAGUCCCAAUCUUUACAGGAUCAGCCUCUGCACAGACCACACAGAGAGACAGUGCCUAAUGGGAAUGGGCCGGCUUUCAGGAGCCUACACAUGCAGCAGAGUGAUAGCUCAUCCUCUGAGGAGCUGUCAGUAUCAGGUUCAGGUGGAUCGUGGGUUUGGAACGUGACGGAAAAGGCCAAGUCCCUGCUGGUUCAGAGAGAGGCCAGCACCCUCAACACUCUACUCUUUAUUUACCUAAUUUUGGUUGUGCUGCUGCUGCUGUCUUCCGGGUACAUUGGUCUGCGUAUAGUGGCCCUGGAGGAACAGCUGACCUCCCUCGGGGCCCUGCCUGAGUUCACUUUACGGAGCGGGUACCAAGACACAUAACACUCAGUGACUGAAGGAGAGAUUGGUUGACUUGUGAUUGGAGGAUUAUUUCGAGCCUCUUCCAGCGGAACGCCUCGGGAGAAAAUUUAAUGUACUCAAGACUGUGCUCCCAACGUGGCCGGUGCUGUUGGCUAGAGGACAAAUGGCCAACCUGUGCAAUUUCAGAGACACUUGUUAACUUGAAGGGCUAUACUUCCUCCUAGUGCAGUAGACACAUGGACAUGCCAUGACUUAGUCACACAGAGCCGAGCCAAAAUGCUUAAACACACUGCCUGGUUGCAGCGUGUCCGUCAUUGAAACCAAAGCCAAACGGCUCUAACUUAGCAAUGUGCCACGCUAGCCAAGUCGUCGAGCACUUUUCCUGACAGAAACUGUUCCACAUCUGUGAAGUUAUGUUAUCCAUCAUCCAUGCAGACUCUCCCUGAGCAUGCAGUCUGAAUAGGGCUAUACCAAUCAGCAUUAGCCUGCUGUAGUGCUUAUUAUUGCACCUCAACACCACAGACGUAGUGCGAUGCAUAACCAAAGAUGCACAGAGUGCACGUCUUUUGCAUGAGUGCACGGAGAUGACUUUAAACUGAUUUUCUAUCUCUAUUUACCCUUUCAUCUAUCAGUGGAAUAUACAAAUCUGUCUCUUCACGUAAAUCCUGUUGGGUACUUCUCUGUGAAUGGUUCUUAUCAUCAGCUGUGGGUUGAAAUGAUAAGAGUUCAAACCUCAAAGUCAGAUCAGCCUACAGAGGCCUGAUCCUCUCCUGAUGGUCUUAUCCUUUCUCUCUUUCUUGAUUCAGCAAUGAUUGCAGUAUUACUUUCCUCGUCUUUGGCGUGAUUUAAACCAGUUUAAUGAUCAAUGCUCAGAGGUUUUUCUUCCUGCAGUCUCAACUGUGGAUGAAUGCAUCAUCAAUGCACAAAUACUUAAUACAAUAGGACAAAAGGUCUCAGAGGCAUCGAUAUGUUUUUUCGUGUAAGGUUCUUUAAUGACCUUGGUCUUCAAGACUAGAUUUAAAAUCUGUCUGCUGAUGUACUGUUUACCAGUCUGACUAUGUUAGGAGUCUCUUGAAGACCAAGAGGCAUUUCUAGAUUAUCAGGUUAUUUAACGUAGCACCAGUAAUGUAUUUCGAAAGUUCAUGCAUGUGUCUGCAAUAUGGACACUCGACUGACACUGUAUACGCAUUCUCCCUCUUGUAACCCGAAGAGGAGAAUUUGCAACCACACUUGCUGCGAGGUCCAAGGUUUCAACAGCAAAAAACACGUGGUCCCAAGAUGAAAUUUCAAUAUGCAACAAAUUAUUAUGCAUGGCAAAAUGUAAUUUAUCUUUUUUUUUUUGUGUGCUGUUUUUAAGCGGUGCUUGAUGUUCGUGGGUAAGGAAUUGUGAAAAAGAAAAGAAGCGAUUUACGGGAAAGAAAUAGCUCAAUCGAGCGAGCGCACUUUAAAAAAUGUGUUGUGCCUGUCACAAUCCAAGACAUCGUUUGGAUUGAGAGGAAAUGGAAAAGUUGGCGUUCUGUGGUAUCUGACGGUGCUAAGACCUUUUUUAAAUUGUUUUCACUCAGGGGUGGUGGGCACUACCUGCCACGUGGUUUUAGGUCGUCAUGUUUCCUUUGUCAUUUCAAAUGUCCAGUGCUUGUGAUGGAGUUCACAUGUAUCUCGGCUUUGGUGAUUUCUCAAAUGUCCCUUUUGAGUUCACUAGCUUUCAUAGAGAUUCACUUGACUUUACUAAUUGAUAUAACUGUAUUCAACUUCUCAGAAUGCAUUUUCUUUGUCGCCCUCUCCCUACGGCCCUUUUUAACAAACCUAACAAUGCAUAUCCACGCCACAUCUCAAUGAUUUUACAACACCCUUGUCGGUAAGCUGUUCUUGACGAGGUGUAGCCAGUGAAAUUUACUACAUCCUGAAGAGGAUGUUCUUCUGUUCAUGGUUUUUGUCAACAUGCCAUAUACAGUACUGUCAGUUGUUAUAAUCCCCCACCAGGGGGCAACACACACACAUACACUGUCCUCGAAUGGACUCAAUGCAAGAAUCUCAAUGAUGAGGGCAGUAUUUGUGUGGUUUUGCACUAUUCAGUGUUGUAAAUAAUUUUGUACCAAUUGUUAAUGUCCUUAAUUCUACUAUGGUCCUAUAUAUAUUUAUUUGCGUUCUGUGUAAUUCAAAGUAGUCUCUGUGAGAUGGCUUUGCUAUUGUUCAAAAUAAAUCAAAUGUUGCGAAGUUAA